AUGGCAAGAUUCAUCACCUUUUUCGCAGCUGUCGCCGCCGUGGCCGCUGCCGCCGAGUCGGAGUCGAAAGUUCAUCAGCUAACUGAUGAUAAUUUGGAAGACUUUGUCAAGAACCACAAGUACGCUUUGGUGAAGUUCUAUGCUCCCUGGUGUGGUCACUGCAAGAAGAUUGCCCCUGAGUUCGAACAGGCUGCCAAGGAGCUUGCUGAAGAGGUAGGGGAGGAGAAGCUCGCCCUAGGUGAGCUCGAUGCUACCGAGCAUAAGAAGAUGGCCGAGAAGUACGGCGUUCGUGGGUAUCCCACUUUGUAUUGGUUUGUCGACGGUGAGCACUCGGAGUACGGUGGUGGACGAACUGCUGCUGACAUUAAGUCUUGGUGCGUCGAUAUGACUGGUCCCGCGGUGAAGAAGAUCGAUAGUCGUAAGCUGGCCGAGGAACAAGCUGAGACCAAGCCCAUCUGUGUUUAUGAGGGACGUGAGGCCUCUUCUGAUUUCGAGGAGGUCGCCGCGAGCAAGAGAUCGGAAUUCACCUUCUAUCAUGUCGCUACAGAGUCUGACAAGCCAAAGGUCACCGUCCAGCAUAAAGGUGAGGAGGCUGUUGUCUGUGACGAUAUCUCCGUCGAUGGUCUUAAGAAGUGCCUGAAGGACAAUACCCUUCCUCUUUUCGGUGUCCUCGAUGGUGAGUCCUACGGUAAGUACAUGUCUGCUGGCAAGGGUCUUGUAUGGGGCUGCUUCGAGCUGGAGUCGAGCGAAGAUCUUGAGAAGGUUGCUGAUGAGCAUCGUCCUAUUAUGAACGAGCUUGCCAAGGAGUUCCAGGAACAGUUUGCAUUCACUUACAUUGAUACUGUUCAGUUCAAGAGCGCUAUCGAGGGAAUGCUCGGUGUGACCGAGUUUCCGACUCUGGCGGUCAACAAGAAGGCCGGUGAUAAGAUGAAGUAUUUGUAUACCGGUGAGAUGACCAAGGCCAAGAUAGCCGAGUUCCUCAAGGGUGUUCUCGAUGGCACUGUCGAGCCAACCUUGAAGUCUGAGCCUGUUCCUAGCUCUCAGGACGAGCCCGUUCACGUCGUCGUUGGUUCGACUCUCGAGAAGGAUCUUUUCCAGGCCGAUAAGGAUGUUCUUUUUGAGGUUUACGCUCCUUGGUGUGGUCACUGCAAGCAGCUCGCUCCUGAGUACGAGAAGGUCGCCAAGAAGGUUGCUAAGGAGGGUGUCGAUGAUAUGAUUGUCAUCGCUAAGAUGGAUGGCACUGCUAAUGAUUCUCCGAUCGAGAGUAUCACAUGGGACGGAUUCCCGACUCUCUAUUAUAUAAAGGCUGGUGAGAGCGAGCCUGUCAAGUACGAUGGUCCCCGUGAGGCUAAAGGCAUCUGGAAGUGGAUCAAGAAGCAUCAUUCUAACGCUGAGGCUCUGAAGGAGCGUCUUGCUGCCUCUAGGGCUACUGAGAAGGAGGAAGAAGAGGACAGUAAGGGCGAGAAGGAUGAGGAGUUGUAAAGAGCAUAAAGCGGUGACUGCUUUUUGAAGCUGCCGUGAUAUGCACUAGCUUUGUCAGGAUGAGGUUAUUUACGGAGUGGUCGUAGAUACUUUUUAAGUUUUC